AUGGACAGCUUGACGGCCUUCGAGGUUGCCACGCAGCUUGAUGCCAGUCAACAAACCACCGUCAACGAGGCUUUUAAGGCCUUCGACGCGGACGGCGACGGACAUCUUUCUGCCGAAGAGCUCAGGCAGGGGCUGAUGCAGUUUGGGGCCUCACCCGAGCAGGCGGAGCAGAUUGUCAGCGAGCUGGAUGUGGGUAGAACCGGACAAGUCUCUUACACAGAGUUCCUCGCGGGCAUCAUCAACUUGCGCUGCAAGAAGCCAGAGGAGCAAGACAGACUCCUGUCCAUUGCCUGGGAGCAGUUCCGUCCUGAUGUUAAUGGGCUGGUCAAGGUUCAGGACAUCCAGAAUGCUUUGGCCACCAGAGGUAUGACUGUUGCCGACAUGCCUGAUGGCUUCCUUGCCGCGCUGAACAAG